CCUCCAGCGAGCUACCAAUUCUAUCGACUGCAAAGUAUUUCUCGAAGUCCGUUCAGAAAAUCAGAAACCAAAUGGCACAAUCACCUUCGGCCAUUAUUCUUGUUAUCGGAGCUCUCCUUCUCUUUGCUUCUUCAAUAUGCGCAGAUGGAGAAUCUCCAUUUCUUGUUGCACACAAGAAGGCAACUCUCAAGAGGCGAGGUCCUGACACAGAGCGAGUCUCCGUCUCCAUCGACAUAUACAACCGUGGAUCCAUGUCUGCAUAUGAUGUAAGUCUUACUGAUGAUAGUUGGGACAAGGAUCUCUUUGAUUUUAUCCAUGGUAACACGUCCAAGUCUUGGAAAAGACUUGACGCGAAUGCUCUGGUUUCUCACUCUUUUGAGUUGGAGACCAAAGUGAAAGGAUUGUUCUAUGGAACACCAGCUCUCAUCACAUUCAAGAUUCCAACAAAGGCUGCAGUACAGGUGGCAUAUUCAACCCCAAUUCUGCCGCUGGAUAUCCUUGCUGAUAAAACUAUUAACGGGAAGUUUGAAUUGGCAAAGAGGCUAUUGGCGAAUUAUGGGUCUCAGGUUUCUGUCAUAUCCCUUGUUAUCAUAUUUGGUUACCUAAUUGCUACAUCGGCAAAAUCAAGUGGUAAGCGCAGUUGAGGUGGAAGUUUCUCAAGUACGUGUUAGAAUAGCGACUGAGUUUGGGAUGGAAUCUUAAACAAGACCUUGUUUAAGAGUGUAUUAUGCACCUGUAAUUACUCUGAGAAUCUAUAGGUGAUUUUGUAAUGCUUACUCGACUAAAAUGCAUUAGAAGGCCAUGCAAGUGCAUUUACUAUUAUGCUUUCAUCACCAUGGGAAUUUCUUUUUGUUUUAUGCCUAUACAUAUCCACAUUUGUCUUUUA